AUGGGUAGUUGUUUUUCUAGCAGACCAUCAUCAUCAUCUACAACAUUGUUGAAGACCAUUAGAGUUGUACACAUGAAUGGCCAUGUGGAGGACUUUGAGCAUUCGGUGACCGUCGGUGAAGUCACCGGCAAGCCACCGAGGCAUUUUGUGUGUACUCGAACUCAACUCGUGUCCGGAGAACCCAAGCCACUCAAGCAAGAAACUCAACUCGAACUUGGUAAUGUUUACUUCAUGUUACCGUACUCGACUAUUCAGUCUGGUGUCUCUCCAGUAGACUGGGCCUCUAUUGCUAAAAAGCUCACCCGGGUUGCAAAAACUAGCAAACCCCAAUUGGCUAACAAGUCACCCCUAAGAAAUUUUCUUUCUUCUGGCUCGAGUCCGGUUUGGAGUUCACCGGCUACAAGUCCUAACCGGUUUUCUGGGUCCGUAAAGGCGCAGUCAUGGAAGCCGUUUUUGGACACCAUUAGAGAGAGGUCGUUUAAUCGAAGAAGCGAAUCGGAUUUACAAGAAACUCAAUCAUUUGGAGACUCUGUCUCUAAAAGUGAAUUUGAGUUAUUAUGA